UCCUGGAUGCUAGAAAAAGAGAUCAAAAAAUUUGUAUGGACGUCUGUAAUAAUUUAUCAUUUAACUUUUUCUAUUUUUCGCAUAUUAUGUAAUAUUUUUUCCUAUAAAUAAAUAUUUGUAUUGAUUGAUUGAAAAUGCUUUGUACAUUGAGUAAAAUCGUUGAAAUCAAUCCGGUAUAUUAAAACGGAGAACAAAAGAACAAUACCAAACAACAAAAAUCGACCAACAUGUCUAAAAACAUUUCCCAAUACGAUGCUAAUAUUCAAAAAAAUAUUUUAAGUGGAUUUAGUUCAUUUGACAGUGAUUCUUUACCAGAUUGCAGUGAAUUUGAUUCCGAAUCUGUGACGCUGGAGUAUUUUAAAGAAAGCUCACGUAAACCAUCUCCAUCAAAAAUGGCACCCACAACGACGAUCGAAACUAUUACAAUCACCCGACCACUUAAAGUUAUUGCUUUCAUUUGUGGAUUCAUUGUUAUUAUACUGAUGAUAAUGGCUCUAGCCUCUAAUGAUUGGUUAAUGGCAGAAGGCUGGCGGCAAGGAUUGUUUUUGCAUUGCAUCGAAGAAGACGUUAUUCCACCUCUUCCAUUCAAUUUACACGAUCCUCCGGGAUGUUAUUAUAGCAGAGAUGUCACAUAUAUAAAAGCGACUGCUGUUCUGUGUAUAAUCACAUUAAUAACAGAUGUAAUUUCGACAAUUGUGACUGGCAUAGGACUAAAAACCCAAAAUCAUAAUAAUAAAUAUAAAUGUUAUCGUAUCGCAGUGCUAGUUAUGUUGAUGUCACUGAUAUCUUUACUGACAGCAUUAAUAUUGUAUCCUGUAUGUUUUGCUGCCGAACUAAACUUGGGUAAUCGACCAGUUUGGCAGUUUGGUUGGGCAUAUGGUGUCGGAUGGGGAGCAGCUAUAUUUCUUUUCGGAGGAGUUGUACUACUCUUGUGUGACAAGGAAUCGGAGGAAAUUUACUACAAAGAAAGAAAAAUAGUACAUGACAACCAAUUGCGAGCCUAGGCCAGGCCGCACGACCUGCCGGAUGUCGUUCUUUAAAAAAUAUAAUGCCAAUAGAUAGUAUAUAGUAGAAUUCUAUACUUUGAGUGUGUAUAUAGUUACACAAAAACUGAAUGAUGUACGGGUACCCAUUAACAUCUACAACAGGUUCGUGCGGAACUUAAAAACUUUAGCUACAAUCACUGUACAUACAAAGAUAAUAAACUACAGUUCCCAAACUGGUGUAUUAUUGACUUUGUUUAAAAAAAAAACUGCAGCAUAAUAAUCAUUUAAUAUCAAGUGUUCUUAAUAAAAAAAACUAAUAAUAACAAAUA